AUGGCCAAGGACGUUUCGUCGCCCGCGCAAUCGGUCUCGGAUUUGAAUGCCUGCGUUUCCUCUUCCAAUGGCCACCACCGUCCGGCCGCCAAAGAAACCACGUUCCGUGAAUGGGUCGUGCAAAACCAAAUCGGCAUUUCCUUGACCACCCUGUCCAUGCUGUUGGCCGUCCACCACCUGUACCCAUCGCUCCGCCCAUACACCACGCCAUUUUUCGAAUUGUCGUACUACCAGCCGUCGCAAGGCGUCUACGUCCAAGGGUGGAAUGACGUUUAUUUCGUCGCCAGCGCCGCCAUCGCAUUCACCGCGAUCCGCGCCAUCACCAUCGACUGGAUCCUCCGCCCCGUGGCCAGCCGCUGCGGCCUGAAGCGCAAGACCUCUGUCCGGUUCGCUGAACAGGGCUGGCAAUGGCUGUACUACGCGUUCUUCUGGACCUUUGGAAUGUAUAUCUGGUCCAACUCCCCCUAUUGGAUGGAUUUCCGCGCCAUCUGGUCGGAAUGGCCUGCGCGCGGCGUGUCCGGGACCCUGAAAUGGUACCUCCUGGUGCAAUUGGCCUUUUGGGUGCAGCAAAUCUUUGUUAUCAACAUCGAAGAGCCGCGGAAAGACCACUACCAGAUGUUCACCCACCACAUCAUCACCAGCACGCUCCUGGGCUCCGCCUAUAUCUACGGUUUCUAUAACGUGUCCAACGUGGUGAUGUGCCUGAUGGACAUCGUCGACCUCCUGCUGCCGACCGCCAAAAUCCUCAAGUACCUCAAAUACGAGCGAUGCUGCACGGCCGCCUUCGUCAUCUUCAUGGUCGGCUGGCUGAUCUCCCGCCACAUCUUCUACCCGCUGCUCUGCUGGUCCAUCUACAAGAACGUGCCGGCGGCCAUGUUCUACGGCUGCUACUCGGGCACCACCGCCGAGAUGAUUUCCACCGACGGCUACCCCGACCAAUUCACCUACCUCUUCUACCCCUUCCUCAACAUCGACGGCCCCAUCUGCAUGAACCGCACCAUCAAGUGGAUCUUCCUCUCCUUCCUCCUCGCCCUGCAGACCCUCUCCCUCAUCUGGUUCACCAUGAUCGUGCGCGUCGCCAUCGGCGUCCUCCGCACUGGCAACGCCGAGGACUCGCGCAGCGACGACGAAGAAGAAGAGGCUGCAGUCGAUGCCGCCGCCGUCGCGGGCAAGGACGGCGCCAACGGCAGCGCUGUGCCCGCCGACGUCGCCGCCGCCGAAUGGCGCCGCGCCAACGGCCCGUCGACGGUGCGCGCCCGCGGCCGCGGCCGCGUCCGCCUCGGCGAACAGAGCGACCGCAAGGCGCUCCUCGGCCGCAUCGGAUGCGACAAGCCUACCUAG